AUGCUUUUCUCCAUCCACAGGCUUUCCUGCCUAGGUUGGUACCUCUGGGCAUGCAGCUUCUCAUGCAGAACUGUGGAAGCUUCAGCUUCAGCUUCAUUUCCAUCCACGGUAGAAUUCGACCUCGUCUUCCCGCGCAACGAGACAUACGCGCUGGCACCCCUCUUCCCCUUUGUAUUCGCAGUUCAGAAUCCACAACUCGCCGCGGCGUUGAAUCCAAGCAUAUCGUUCAGGACGUUCAGGACGGAUGACUACGACGCAACCAUCACCAGCUAUGAAAUCGAUCUGUCUGCAGCCAACUUUUCUGAGAGGAGCCCAUACUUUACGUAUAGAGGCACCAAAGCUUUCCACGAGGCUGAAGGCACCUGGGUCAUUGCAUGGGAAGCUGCUGCGGGUAACUGCUCGUAUGGGUCAGGGGUCGACGGGGCGGUUGGGUUUUCCGUAUCGCGGCCAAGCAGGUCCAUCACCUUUACAACCCGAAAGGGAGGCCAGCAGCCAGAUGUGGUUGCUGCUACAAAGGGCGGCGUCUGUGGCAUGAAUAGCACCGGCAGUGCCCGGACGUUCAACUUGACAGGCGUUAUUGACCUUACCAAGGUGGAUGUAAUCUCCAAGCUGUCUGUUCAGGGGUCGCCGUUCAAGGGUCGAGACUCCUGUGCCGUCCUCUCGCCCUUGCAGCCGCAUCCGUCUCCGAAUCCUUACGCCGUCAAGGUCAGUUCGGAUAUGGCCAUGAGCAUAUCUGCAAAACUCACCGCCAGCGCGUGCAGGGGCGACCCGCAUCCUGUUGUGACUUGUGCGCCAGCCGAAAACUUUGCGUCGAAAUUAGGGAAUAAUCUCUCUGUAGGUGUGGCGGGUUUGUGGUUGGUUGGUGCUCUCGUCUGCUUUCACUUUUGA